AUGGCAAGUUGGCUCCCUUUUAAAACGUCACUUCCGCCUCCUCCUAAGCAAAGCAAGAUGGCGGCCGUGGUAGAUAGAGUUGAUGGAUGUGUUGGGUCCUUGGACUCAGACUCGGUGUCACCGAGACAGUCUACCCCUCCACCGGAUCAGCCUCACCAGAACAACCCGCUCUUAGGUCUACCUAUUGUGGCCAUUGAGACCAUUCUGAAUUUUCUGUCUUACGAUGAGAUCAGCCUGCUGCGCUCGGUAAGGAGAACAAAAACAAGUCCAUUAGGAGGAGGACUAAACUCUCUGGAGCCAGAUCCUCUGCCUGGUUUUUGGAUGUUAGAAUUUCCGAGUGUGUACAGAAACAGUUUGAGGCCGGUAUGUAAUGCAUGUGCAGCUUUGGCCCUGGUCUGGUUUUACUGUUAUCCAAGGGGCAUACGGGCUCGGAUCCGACUGGACUACACCACAGACCACAGAUGAAACCAGCAGAUAAAUAACGAAGAGAGACAGGGGGUUAGAUUAGACCUCUAGAUGAUAUUCCUAUUCCUCUGACACUGCCCACCCUCUCUCAGGUUCAGAUUUGUCCUCAGGUCUGUGGAAAAAAAAACACAGAGGUUAAGUUGUAAUAUGUUUUUCACUGCAGCCACAGUCCUUCAAUAUAAUCUGUUAGCCUAGCUUUUAAUGUUCUUAGGUUUCCAGCUCUGAAGUUCCUUUUUUUCAGUGUCUGUUACUUAACCUUGGCAGUCUUUGUCAUCUGUGUCUCAAAUGCAUGGUUGCAUCAAGGCUAAUUUUCUAAUGUGUAUUUUUACCAAGUAAAUCCUUGCUUGUAUUUGUACCCUGGUGCCUCAAGCAGGCUGCCUGUUGACUGCCAUUAUUGACAAAGGGGAUAUCUCUUCUUUCGUGAUCUUCCUCUUCUCUGCAUCCAUCUCUGUACAUCACUCACUGCUCAGCUGUUGUCUGUGCGUGAAUUGUGCUCCUACUUUUAAACAAGACAAACCCCAACACAUAAGCUAUCUCUUUUAUGAAUCAAAUCAAACUUCACAAAGUUUUUAUCCCAUAUGAUCUCACCUCCCUCUCCUCUCUUAAUAGCAUCCUUCUGUAGACACUUCCCUUUGAUUGUUUUUCCAGUGCCUUCUCAGAAUUAAGACAAUGGGAAUGCAAGUAACUGUGUGCUGUGUCAGACCGCCUGGUGAAACACAGCUUUAGAGGGCUUUGAGGUCCCUUGGCUUCUGAAAGCUCUGUGAUUUUAUAUGUCAGGUCCUUUCAUCUCUGAGUCACAGGAAUAAUAGACCAGCAGAGUAUGGAAAAGUACCAGAGGAUAUUUCCUCAAGUGUAUACUCAAUAUGUAAUUUUAGCUGUUACUAUUCAUGUUUUCCCUUUUAAGACCCAAACAGUCACAGUAUGUUAGAAAUACAUUUGUAUGUCAUUAUAGAGGGUGAACUUCUUGUCUCCACUCCUUAGAAGAAAUGGUGGUUCUGUGAUGCACUAAAAGGGAAAAGUUAUCAUAUUUUAAGGUUUCUUAAAAAUGACAGAUAAACUCCUAAGGUAGUGUCUGUUGUUUACUUGUUUUUUUUUUUCUUUUUCCAGGUGUGUAAGCGCAUGGACAUGAUCUGCCAGCGUGUCCUGAAUCAAGGCUUCCUGAAGGUGGAGCGUUACCACAGCAUGUGCCAGAGGCAGGUCAAAGCCCAGCUGCCCAGGUCAGUAUCACAACAGCAAAGCUCCCCAGGAAAAUUUAGUACAUUUCUUUUCUGGUUUCUUAAAGAUCUUUUGGCUGCUCUAGCGAUGGUAUUUAUAGCUCUUUAUAGAGAACCAGAUCUUGGGAAUCUGUUCCUUUUUAUGAGCCAUUCAAAAGACUAGCUCCUUGUUUAUAUUUUUUUAAUUUUUAAAAGUCAACCAGGCAAACUUGUUUGAACAUGGAAACAAUCUUUGGUAGCAGUCAUAAGAUAUGAUAUGGAUCAGAAUAAAUUCAAAAGGACACAUCCCACUAAUACUUUACAGCUGGAAAUUAUUGUGCAAUACUGAUUAUAAUUUCACUUUGCUUGUGUUUUCAUUGUAAACAUUCCAUAUGGUGGUGCCAUAUCCUCAUGCUUUGACAGUGAGAUCACUUUUUUGUAUUUUAUUUCCUCACCUAAAAAAACUUUGUGGCACAAUAAAAACUACAAAGACUACAUAUAAUUUCCAUUCAAAACAAUGUUACUGUAAAUUUUUCCACUCAAGUUUUUAAGGAAGUACAGGGGGGGGGGACUGCAAAACUGUACUACCCUACCUGGUGUUUUGGGCACACAGGUGACAUUUGAAGGCAGUGUGAGCAAUUUGCAUAUGAGAACAACUUGCAACUGUGAACCGGUUCCAAUCAUUUACUUAAGAGUCGUUCAAAUGACUGACUCGUUUGUGAAUGUCACAUCAUGGCUGUUGAUUGUAAUUUAGGGACCAGAUAAGAAUUUCAGAAACAAAUACAUAUGAUCUGUGUUCAUUUGACACAAUCUGUAUACAAUAACUCUCAAGACUCAGGCUAAGUGAUUCACACUGCUGAAUGUAGUACAUGUCUGUACUUGCCAUGUAGUGAAAGUGGUUUGUCAGCUGCAGAGCAGCUGCAGAUUCAAUCCUGCACGUUAAGUGUUAAACAGCAGUUUUCUCCCGCAAAAAGACUAAAAGACAACUCGGUGCUGGUUUCUUUUUUCCAGGUUGAUGUUGAUGUAGAUGUUUGUGCGACUGACUUCUGCCACAGCCAAUGUCAUAAUCAGUCCACAUUCAGCUAGGUCAUGCUCCUUUUGUCAUGUUUUGACUCGACAUUACUAACCAAGAUCAUUAUCUUAAGGCUCUGAAGACACAGUUAUCAAUAACACAACUUAGUCAGCACAACUGGUCAAACAAAACUCUGGACUUAAUAGCAGAUGAGCACAACAACAAGAUUAGGAAGAGUCCAAAGUCAUUCAGGUGAAACUGUUUUGGUUCGUGGUGAUCAUAUAUUUUAUAAAUCCCAACACUUAAAAAUCCAAAACCGAUCUUGUGCAUAGUUUUUGACCCUCUUUUUUUUGGGAUUCAAGUUUUGAUCAAAGUUAUGAUUAUAUGAAUUCUAUGAAACUGUAUCUUUGAUUGUGAUUUGACAUCCUGGUAAGCUGUGUCUCUCUCUUUAUUAUUCCCCCAGGCGAGAAUCAGAGAGGAGAAACCAUUCACUGGCCCGCCAUGCUGACAUUCUGGCAGCAGUGGAGACACGCCUCUCUCUGCUCAACAUGACCUUCAUGAAAUAUGUCGACUCUAACCUCUGCUGUUUUAUCCCUGGAAAGGUUAGUACAGCAGCCUCUGCUUCACACGAUGUCAACAAAAGUAGACGGUGAGACAAAGAGGAUCAGAAAACUGUUUCCGCUUAUAUUGGAACUCACUUUGAUGGUUUUAUUGAUAUUGUGUUUUGGUAUCAUAAUAGUCCCUUCAGAUCCUGUGCUUAGUCUUGGCUCUGUAAAUGGGAAAAUGAUGUGAAACAGCAAAGGUUUCUGUGUCUGUCAGCCAAACAGCCAAAGGACCCUCAUAACACCUGACUACCAAGUUUAUGAGAGCUUUUUGUCAUUUUUCACUUAUCUUUAUAUCCUUUUAAAAAAAAAAUCCAACUACUGUUCAGUUUGAAUUAGUUUUGAAUAUUUUUUUGUUGUUUUUAGUUUUGAGUUUUGGAAAAUGCUUAGUUUUAGUUUAGUUUUUAUUAAUAUUAGUGCUCUUUUUAUGUUUCUUUGCUGCAUAUUUGACAAAUCAUCUGCCAAUAGGUAAAGAUCACUGAAUCAUUAUUUUCAUUGUUUAUGAUUCUUGCAGACCUGUGCUGUGACUUUGUUUCACAGCAACAUAUGAAUGACUGGAACAGCUCCUCUUAAACAGAAAUUGUGCUGCCAUGUUUCUGAUCUUCCAAAGAUACGGUAGAUUAUUGAUGAAUAUGAUUGUUCACAUGAAUUGUUGUACAGGAAGACUAAACAUAUAAGGGUGUGAAUCUCAUUUAGGAAGUACUUAUACUCUUUUCAAUAUCAAGAACAACAGGAAUGUUUGCCUUUCAAACUGUUGAAUCUCUACCAAAAAACUUUGAUCAGAAAGGUUUGGACUAAGGCUUAGACACCCAAAAUAUGUACUUUGUUGUUCAGCUUCACACGAUUGGAGUCCACACACACUCACACAAACACACAGUAACACACCAUUGUUCUGCCCUUCUUGCUCCACUGUCUAACUUUGAUCUCAUUUCGUCUCUGUAAUGCCUCCUUUACUUCAACUGCAGCUUUUAUUGUAUUAUGGAAAGGGUCAAACAAAGGCACGCCCUUUGAUGGACUAACAGUGACAGAUCUCUGGAUUUGAAGGGCUCAAGUUGAUUAAAAUUCUGCAUGAGUUGUUUUUAAGAUUUUUGAAUCCAUUAUAGUUUAGACACUGAGACAGGCUUGUUAUCACAACUGUUAAUCUUUGAGUUCUUCUCUUUUAGCAUUUCUACACACAUGUAAUUAUUGUAUGAUGAAGUGGCCUGUGGCUAGCAGAGCAGUAGGAGAUGUGCAAGUUUUGAUAAGCUGAUGUUGUUGCACAUUCUCUCCUGUCACUCCCUGUGUCCUACUUUCCAGGCCAAACACAGUCUGAGCAGAUGGCUGUUCACUAAAAUCCUUUUUUUUCUCAAUGAAUCUGCCUGUUAAACAGAGUUUUUCUCUUACCGCUGUUGCUAGCUCAUGAACUGGAACGGUACAGUUGAAGAUGUUUGAAAUGAAUGAAUGAAUGUUUGGGGAUGUUAACAAGCCAUUCAUGUUUCACUCAUAACUGUUGUGGACUAAUUCGUUCUCUGUCUGUUUUAAUAUAUGCUGAUUUUGUUCUGUUGUAUGCCAUCAGGUUAUAGAUGAGAUUUACAGAGUGCUACGCUAUGUAAACUCCACCCGUGCCCCUCAGCGUGCUCAUGAGGUCUUGCAGGAGCUGAGGGACAUCUCCUCCAUGGCCAUGGAGUACUUUGAUGAGAAGAUAGUCCCCAUUUUAAAGAAGAAGCUGCCAGGGGCUGACCUGUCUGGCCGUCUCAUUGGCUCUGCACCAGGUAAAGUACAUUCCUUCCAGCUGUCCCAUAAGAUAAACUCCUCUUGUCUUACAUCAAGACAGUCAUAGUAUGAAACUAGGAUGGCAUCACUGACCAUUUUAGUCUCAAAACCAAUACAUAAGAAACAAAAAAACGAAAAACAGUGUACAUGAACACCGAUGGAUGUGAGCAUCCUCUGGGUGAUAUAAAAAGAGAACUGAGGGGGUCAGCACUUCAGGCGUACUUUGAUCUUAAAGACCAGGUAAGGGCCCAAAUAUGGAAACAUACGUUUGUGUAACAGGGGGAGAAAGUGGGUAUCAUGUGAGUUCAAACCAGUAUUUUUUCUCCGGUACUUCUGCUCUGUUUGUGUGCUGAUUCAUUCUACCACACAGAGUCUCUUAUGUUCACUAUUAGAAGCAAAAUUGUUAAGCUUCCACGCACAAACUUGACUCUAUAUCUUACAAUUCAGUAUUAAACACCUCCUGGUGUUCUGUGGUCAGACAGAGCCUUUUUGAACUGGAAAAUGUGAACUUGAAAACAAAUGUAUAACAUCAGAAUCAUGUUUGUCGUUGCCAUUGUGAAAUACAUUUUGCAGUGGUUUGUCUGUGGGCAGACAUCCACCUCUAAUGUUCACUGAGAGUCAUUGUGUAUACAGUACUACAACCUUAGGACCUGUAACUCUCGUCUGAUCCUACAGUGGCGGGUCCUUCUACUUCCCUGACCACCAUGUCUCUGCUGGCCAAGAACACACCGUCACGGUCUGAGAUGGCUAAGGUGCAACAGCAGGUUAAGGUGAAUGGGGCUUCAAUGACAGUUCUGCGGAGGGAGAUACAGGAAAUCCGCGUCAAGCAGCUGGAGCAGCAGAAGCAGCUGCAGGACCAGGAGCAGAAGCUUCUGGAACAGACCCAGGUGAUUGGUGAGCAAAACGCCCGACUUGCAGAGCUGGAGCACAAGCUCCGUGAACUGAUGGACAGCAGUGCUGCUACUAUUGGAGGACCCAGACCGAGUACGGCUGUCCCCACAUCCAGCAAUGUUGCUGUUUCUCCUACUGCUGCCAGCACGUCUGGUACUAUGUUGGCAAACAGUAACACGGCUGCAGCAUCUCUACCCAGAGAGCCAGAGAGUGAGGGGGGAACAUCACUCAAACGCACCAGAAAGAGCUCAGACCUUCCACGGCAGUCCAAACGGCUGCGCAGCAAGAAAUAA